AUGGAUGUGAGUAUUGGAAAUCGUACUGACUGGGAAAGGAGAAGAAAACUACGACUAGCACAAGUAAAUAAUAAUUAUAAAUAUUAAUAUUUAACAUUUAAAUUAUUAACCUAUUUUAUAAAAAACGAAUAAUGUUAGGUUAGAGGCCAAUCUAAAGCAAUAGCUAAAACCAUACGAGACCGUGUUUAUUUUGCUGUUGAAACAAAAUUAGAACAACAUGAGACUGCCAGAGCCAAAACUGACCAUAAAUUUAAAUCAUUGGCAUUAAGCAAGUUAAAAAGUGAUUUUAAUUACCUUAUACAAGAUAUCGGCAGUGGUUAUUCAGUUGCAUCAGUUCAAGUAAAAUUUAUUUUACAAUUAGCUUUAAUACUUAGUUAAUUUUUUUUUUUAUAUCUAGCCUGAUCCUAAUAUAUUAAUAGCCGAAAAACGAUUAAUUAACCGGUGUAAGGCAAUUUCAAGGGGGACUGAAGCAGAAAAACGUCAAAAACGAGUCGAGGAAGAACAACAGAUAGACCAAGAAAUAAUAGAAAGAAGAGUUAAUUUUAAUAAAACAGUAGAAAAAAUUAGAUCAGCUUUAAUAACAAGUGUUGCAAAAGUGUACAUAUUUAUCUAUCUAGAAUAUUGUAGUUGUCAUUAAUUAGAAAUAAAAACACAUCAGGUUUUAUUUUAUUUCAGAGAUAACAUUAACAAUCAGGCUCAAUCCAUAAAUCAACAUAACAAAUGUUUUCUUAUUCCAAGUCAAGUUACUCUGAAUGAAUCAAAUAUAAUGAAUUGGAAUAAUAGUAAAGUAAAUUUAAUUAUUUUAUCUUAGCCCCAUAGUUUAUAAUUACUAUUAUAUCAUAAAUAUUGAUGCGUGUGUCAAACUUUAUAUUUUGCUUGAAAUUCAAAAAUUGUUUUUUUAGUAAAUUACUCACUUAUCUAACUAUUACAAAAUAUCUAUAUAUAAAUAAAAGUAAUUCAUCGUCUAGUUUUUUGUUUCUACAAAAUGUUUAGUUUUAAAAAAAAUUAUCUUAUAAUUAUUAAAAUGGUUUAUUUUUAUGUUCAUAAUACUCAUAAAUGAUUGUUUUUAAAAAUAAUCCAAAGUUUUAAAAAUAUAAAUAUUAUUAGAAUUUUGAUCACCCAAGUUAAGUUGAAUAACAAAUAAUUUUUAUAUAAAGUAUUUUAUACUAUCUCAGAUCUUUAAUUUGUUUCGUAUAAUAACAAUCUCAAAACUAUACAAAUUAUACAAAUACAACUAUAAUUAUUGUAAGUAAAAUAACUUUAUUCUGUUAUAGAAGAUUUCAAAACCAUGGUCAAUGGUUAUUGAUUCUAAUGUAGAUAAAGUAUCAAAAUUUUCCAAGCCAAUAAUAAAUUGUGAUAAUAAAGAAAAUGAUCCAAAUGUGUUGACAUUGACAAAAUUAGAAACUGAUAUAAAAAACUAUGAGACAUUAGUUACAGAAUUAAACAAUUUAUCUACCAAAGAACAAAAAAUUAGAAAUAACUUAUCAACUAAUAACUUGAAGGUAUGUUUUUUAUAUAUAUAUAUAUAUAUUUCUUAAUAAUUUUUUUUUUAUUAUUAAAAUAUACGUUGAAAUAUUAAGGAUGUACUUCCUGUGCCAUGCAAAAAUAAUAUACCUUUCGCGAAACGAGAAAAAUGCAAGCAUGAUAAAAUUACUUCAAUAAAAGUUAAUAGUUCAGAUUGUUCAGAGUUAAAUGAAGAAUAUAAUCUGUUUACAGGUAAGCAUGUAGAUUUUUAGUUUCAUUAAUUUUAAACAACAUUUUCUUGGUGAUUUGAAUUAUUAUUUAAUUAUACACAAACAUUUUUGUUUAUGAAAUAUAUUAACAUCUCAUGUCAAUUUAUUUUUUAAAGAAAAAUGUUUUACAUAUAAAUAAUUAUAGAUAGAGGUACAGAGUAGUGGAUCAAAAAAGACAGAUAGGGAGGAGAUAUUCUAUAUUGCCAGAAGUCUCAUUGCAUAGUAUGUGAUGAGAUUACAGGGAAGUUAAGUUGCAACGGCAACAUGGUAAUAUGGCUUCAGAAAUUUCUAGACGUGUUCCACAUAUGGUAACACCAGAAAACAUAACAUGUGUUUAAGUUUCUAUUGGGAAAAACCAGUGACAAUCAAUAAAACACCACGCUCAAACACUCGGAAAUUUUGUGUUAGAGCUUUUUUAGGUUCACAUAUAUUAUAACCAUGUUCCUGAAAAUCCUUAACCCACUUUAAAAAUGAUCGCGCACUGAAUGUGCAUUGUGUAGUUUGUGUAGUCACAAUUGACUCAUUAUGGAAAAAAGUCUCCGCAGCAAACUCGUAAUGUUGAAUACUCCAAUGCGCUGUUUUAACUAAAUUUUCCGUCACGUACUAUACAAUGAGAAAUUUGGCAAUGUUGUGCUAUGCUCAUCUUCAAUGUGGUCUAUUUCGCUCCGCCACCCUGUAUAAGAAAAUAUGACAGUUAUUAUAAAUUAUUUAGUUAAUCAAAAGACUGUUUUUAAUUGUUAAAAUACAUUUAAAAAAUUGAAAAUAAUUAGUCUCAAUUAAAUUUUGUAUAGAUUCGUAUUGGAAUAUUUAGAAGGUUUGACAUUUUUAAAAGAUAAUUUUAUAUGAAAUUGCCACAGAUUCAUUAUUUAACAUAUGUAUGUUUAUCUUUUGAUAUUUUUUAGAAAAAAGAUUUGAUGAAUCAAAUUCAAGUUCGUCUUUAUAUAUUUCAUCGUCCUUAUCAAGUAUUAGUAAUAAGCAUCAUGUUGAAUCUAUUAUGAAGAAAACUAUCCAUUUUAAAAAUGAAGUAGAUAAGAAGAUCAAUGAACAAUCUAGUUCCAAGUUGAAAUAUAAUAAAAAGUUGAGUCCUGAAAAACCUUUGAGAAAUAUAAAUAAUAUAAUACAAAGAAUUAAAAGUAAAAAACAACUACUCGCGAAAGAAAUAGCUUCUCAAUCAAAGACACUAUCCUCAGUUGCUAAAACUUCACCUCUACCUAAAAGAUGUGCAGAUAGUAAUGUUUUGCAUAAAGAAAAAUCAAUAAAUUGUACUGAACCUUCAAAAUUAAAGUCAAUACGAUCUAUUUCUAAAACUUCACCUUUACCUAAAAGACGUGCAGCUGGUAAUGUUUUAUGUAAAGAAAAAUCAAUAAAUUGUACUGAACCUACAAAAUUAAAGUCGAUACGAUCAAUUCCUAAAACUUCACCUUUACCUAAAAGACGUGCAGCUGGUAAUGUUUUAUGUAAAGAAAAAUCAAUAAAUUGUAUUGAACCUACAAAAUUAAAGUCGAUACGAUCAAUUCCUAAAAGAUGUCCGGCCAAUAAUGACUUGUUUAAGGAAAGUUCAAUAAAUUGUAUUAAUGUUACAGAAAAAAAUACCAAAACUUCACCAUUAGCUAAAAGAUGUGCAUCUGGCAAUGACUUUCGUAAGGAAAGUCCAAAAUAUUAUGCUAAACUUCCAGAUUCGUUUUAUAACAAUCAACUUCAAUCAUUAAAGGAACAAAUUUCAAAGAAUAAAUUAAAUCCUAUAGAUUCAAAAUGUUCUACAUCAUUAAAUAUGAACCUAAUGGACUAUAUAAAUUUAUUACUGAAAAUGACACCUUCGGAUAUAGAAAAUCUAUCAGUUUCAUCGUGUUCAAGCAUUAAACUAGAGGAAAGUAUUUUACAACAUUCAAAAACAAGUACACAAUAUAACAGUGAGCUAUUAAACUGUAUAUCUAAAUGUUUAAACUCUGAUAUUUCUGAGUUAAGCCAGGAUAUAGAGUUUGAUUCACCUAAAAGUAUUAACUUGUUAAAUAAGUUACAAGAAUUAACAAAUUACUAUUUGGAAAAAACACAUGACAUGAAAAAUAUUUGUAAUGAACCGCCUCAUAAUUUAAAUGAACUAAAUACUAAAACAAAAGAUCUAGUUAAUCAUGAGUAAGUUUAAUAAAUCAUUAUUAAUUUUAUAACAAAUAAUAUUAUUAAAUUGUGUUUUAGAAAUAAUUCUAUGAAUGUAUCAUCAAACUCAUCAGUUGAUGAAGAAUAUAUGUUUCAACAUCUCAAUACGUUAUUACUGAACAAAGGACUUAUUAAGUCUGACAAAGAGUGGCCGAUGUUUGAAAACUUAAGUGAUAAUGAUGACAAUAGAAGCCUGACUGAUCAACUUCUAGAUAUAUACCCACGCAAAUCUGAUGAUAAUUAG